AAAUCUCUGUGUGUUUGAAUAAUUGAUUAAGGACAUGGAUUCUACUACUAAGAUGGACUAUCGUGCGGAUGGGCAAGGUUCAAGAACAAUUCAAGAAACCAAUGAUGAGAUUGAGAUUGAUUCUGCUACUAUCCCAGACUCACUUGACAAGUGUGAUGAAGUUGAUGUUAUAAGUGAUUUGUUGGCUCGAAAAAAGAGAAAGGAGACAACGUCUUCCUCAUGUUCUAUAGGACCUAAGAAGAAAACUUCAUCAACGACAAUCAUAUCUGACUGUAUGCAGCGAAUGGCAACUGAUUUCAAUGACUAUUUGGCGGUGGAAAGGAAAAAGUCUGAGCUUCUUUUGACAGAAAAGGGGUUAAUGUUGGCAGAGAAGAAAAAAAUUAAUCCCCAAGAAAUUUUGGCUGAGUUGAAGGCUAUUGAACUCGAUGACAUGCAGAUGAUCAAGGCUGUGGAUUUGAUGAUGCAUGAUCACAUAUUAUUCAAUACAUUUGUGGGAAUGCCAACAGAGUUGAAAUACAAGUGGUUGAAAGUGCAACUUGAUAAAUGAAGUUGACACUUAUUUUUAUCAUACAAUUCCUAGAUUAUCAUUCAAUUUGAUCUUUGUUUCAACUUGAACUUUGUUUAAACUUAAGUUAAUACUUCUUCUGUCAACUUUGUUUGAAUUUAAGUUUGGUGUGUUUGAUCUAUUUGAAUUUAUAAUUGUUCAAUUUUUUAUGGUCAUAAAUGUCUAAAGAUGGU